GGGUCCCCGGCUGGAGCAGAGGGCCCCCCCAGCCCUGAGGCAUCUCGGAGCCCAGCUCGGGGGGCCUACCUGCAGAGCCUGGAGCCCAGCAGCCGCCGAUGGGUGCUGGGUGGAGCCAAGCCACCAGAAGAGGCUGCUCUGGGACCCAGGGCGCCCAGCAGUGGGGAGCCCGCGGGUGAGAUCUGGUACAACCCUAUCCCUGAGGAAGACUCCAGACCCCUGGCACCUGAGCCCCCAGGACCACAGCCAGGCUCGGCUUUGCCAGAGGGCCCGGCCUCCCAAGGCGCAGCCCCUGCCAGCCCCCCGGCCAAAGCUUCCCGCACGAAGUCCCCCGGCCCAGCCAGGCGCCUCUCCAUGAAGAUGAAGAAGCUGCCUGACCUUCGGCGCCGCCUGAGCCUGCGGGGCACCCGCGCGGGCAGAGAGCGCGAGAGGGCCGCCCCUGAGGGCUCUGUCAUCAGCCGCUACCACCUGGACAGCAGUGUGGGGGCCCCUGGACGGGCGGCAGGGGCUGGGGCCACACGGGGCCCUCGGGCCGGUUACCUCAGUGACGGGGACUCUCCAGAGCGCCCGGCGGGGCCCCCAUCGCCCACUGCCUUCCGGCCCUACGAGGCGGGCCCCCCAGCUCGAGCACCGCCCGCCGCCCUCUGGGGCCGCCUCAGUCUACACUUAUACGGGCUAGGGGGGCUGCGGCCAGCACCUGGGGCCACCCCAAGAGACCUCUGCUGCCUACUGCAGGUGGAUGGGGUGGCCCGGGCCCGGACGGGGCCGCUGAGGGGGGGUCCGGACUUCCUGCGGCUGGACCACACCUUCCACCUGGAACUUGAGGCUGCCCGG